AUAGCAAACAUUUAUAUUUAAGUUAUAUGCGUUUGAGGUUAAAUUUAUUGUUUUUUUCACUGUGGUACCCUAUAAAUUCGGAUGCAUUUAUUUUGUUGCUGAAUCUAUCAGCGCAGUGUAUGUCUUUUGAGUUUCAACGUUAAAUAACUGCCUUGACAUGCCUCUGGAAAUUACCUGUAGAGCUUCUGACAAUGAUAAACACGAGUGGGACGUAACAUACUUGCUGUAUCAUGGAGGAAAACUUUAUAGUGCUGCAGAUGAUGGAAAAAUAAUGAUUUGGUCUCAAGAUUUAACCAAGUUAAAUGAGGUGCAAGCCCAUCCCUGUUCAGUUUACUGUCUUACUGUCGGUGAUGGAGUACUAUGGUCUUGUUCCAAUGAUGGUACUAUCAAAUCUUGGCACCUAGAAACACUCAAACCUAUAGAAACGUUGGUGGAAGAUCAGGAAGUAGAAUUUUGGCAGAUUAAGUAUGCCAAAAACUGUCUGUUUUCUGGAGACAGCAAAGGAAAUAUCAAUGUUUACAAGAAGAAUAAGCUUUAUGGACAGAUAAACUUAGCAGAACCAGUGAAAUUGAUGUUGAUGUCUGGACCUCUGAUUUUUACAGUUCGUGAUUUGGAUUUGGUCAUUACAGAAAUGAAGAUUGAAAAAGACAAUAUUCAGUAUGGUAUGAAGCAAGUGUUCAUGGGAAGAGCGCCAGCUACCUUAAUAGGCAAAAAUUUAUUUGCCUACUCAACAAGAGAAGGAAGAGAAGUUGUUAUCCAUGAGAAUAACCUUGAGAAGAACUUUAAAGCUGUGGCCAGAAUAACGGAGUGUUCGGAUUUACUAAUCAACGCUUUGGAAGGUGUGGUGUGGAAUAAUACUGAGCACCUCUUCAGCGGUGGAUGGGAUAAAAUCUUAAAACACUGGUCCAUAACGCGGAAUUGUCCAGAGAAUGUAGCAAGUCUGAAUCUGGAUUUGGUAAUCAAUGUGAUAUCUGCUGGAGAGAAAAACGAGGUAUACGUAGGCGGUGCAGAUGGGCAUUUGCUUAGAGUUACUGUAAAGCCUUAGAAAUAAUAAUUUCUAUUGAUUAAAAGUGUGAUAUUGUAUUUAGAGUUAGUGAGAUUUUGUUUUGUUUUGAUCCUAUUUUAUAAAGAUUGAUUGUCUAUAUUUUUGUAAUCUGUUUAUUUCGGAUUUUUAUAAUGUAAAUAAACGUUU